AUGACGGAGAUCGCUGCAAGUUCUGACAACCUGGUGGCUACUGCUGCUGCUGGUAUGGACAUGACGGAGAUCGCUGCAAGUUCUGACAACCUGGUGGCUGCUGCUGCUGGUAUGGACAUGACGGAGAUAGCUGCAAGUUCUGACAACCUGGUGGCUGCUGCUGCUGGUAUGGACAUGACGGAGAUCGCUGCAAGUUCUGACAACCUGGUGGCUGCUGCUGCUGGUAUGGACAUGACGGAGAUAGCUGCAAGUUCUGACAACCUGGUGGCUGCUGCUGCUGGUAUGGACAUGACGGAGAUCGCUGCGAGUUCUGACAACCUGGUGGCUGCUGAUGCUGGUAUGGACAUGACGGAGAUAGCUGCAAGUUCUGACAACCUGGUGGCUGCUGCUGCUGGUAUGGACUUGACGGAGAUCGCUGCAAGUUCUGACAACCUGGUGGCUACUGCUGCUGCUGGUAUGGACAUGACGGAGAUCGCUGCAAGUUCUGACAACCUGGUGGCUGCUGCUGCUGGUAUGGACAUGACGGAGAUCGCUGAAAGUUCUUACAACCUGGUGGCUGCUGCUGCUGUUCUGACAACCUGGUGGCUGCUGCUGCUGGUAUGGACAUGA